CGCUCGGCCCCCUCCUUCCCCGCCCGCCCCGCGCUCCCCGGGCGCCCUCGCUCUCGCGCUCUCCGAGGCGAGCGCGCUCCCGGCCGGCGCGCUCCGGGCUCCGGCUUCUCCCGGCUCCUGUCAGUGCGGUGACUGCGCUGGGAAACAUGGCGACCGAGGGGAUGAUCCUCACCAACCACGACCAUCAAAUCCGCGUCGGAGUCCUCACAGUGAGUGAUAGCUGCUUCAGGAAUCUUGCAGAAGAUCGCAGUGGGAUAAAUCUAAAAGAUCUUGUCCAAGAUCCUUCUUUGUUGGGUGGGACUAUAUCAGCAUACAAGAUAGUACCAGAUGAAAUAGAAGAAAUCAAGGAAACGCUCAUAGACUGGUGUGAUGACAAGGAACUUAAUUUGAUACUAACAACUGGAGGAACAGGGUUUGCACCGCGAGAUGUCACUCCAGAGAAAUUCCCAACAUUCCCAUUUUGUGGGCUCCAGAAAGGGGCCACAAAAGAAGUAAUAGAACGGGAAGCACCAGGGAUGGCCCUGGCAAUGCUGAUGGGAUCACUUAAUGUUACACCUCUGGGCAUGCUCUCUAGACCAGUGUGUGGAAUAAGGGGGAAAACUCUGAUAAUUAACCUACCUGGUAGCAAGAAAGGAUCUCAGGAAUGCUUUCAGUUCAUACUGCCAGCUCUACCUCAUGCCAUUGACCUUUUACGUGAUGCCAUUGUAAAAGUAAAGGAGGUGCAUGAUGAACUUGAAGAUUUACCUUCCCCACCACCUCCUCUUUCUCCACCUCCUACAACUAGCCCCCAUAAACAGACAGAAGACAAAGGGGUUCAGUGUGAAGAAGAGGAAGAAGAAAAAAAAGACAGUGGUGUAGCUUCAACAGAAGAUAGUUCCUCAUCACAUAUAACUGCAGCAGCUAUUGCUGCAAAGAAGCAUCCAUUCUACACCAGUCCUGCUGUUUUCAUGGCACAUCAUGGGCAGCCUAUCCCUGGUCUCAUCAGUUAUUCCCAUCAUCCAACAGGCAGUGCAGAUGAACGGAUUCCAGACUCCAUCAUUUCUCGUGGUGUUCAGGUGCUCCCACGAGACACAGCCUCCCUUAGCACUACUCCUUCAGAAUCACCCCGUGCUCAGGCUACAUCUCGCCUCUCUACAGCUUCUUGUCCAACACCAAAACAAAUUAGACGGCCGGAUGAGAGCAAAGGAGUUGCUAGUAGAGUUGGAUCCCUCAAAGCUCGGCUUCCGUCGUGCUCAUCUACCUAUAGUGUAUCUGAGAAACUAAACACCUGUGGCUGGAGAGUUAAGAGUGUGUACUGCUCUUCCAAAAGAACAGAGUAUGGAAAGCUCCACUCUAGGUUGGAAGGGCUUAAAGAUGAACUCUGGAGAAAUAGAGGCCACGACUUAAGAGUCCAGUCCAGGUGCAGCAGCAAGGAGAACAUUCUAAGAGCCAGUCACAGUGCUGUAGAUAUCACCAAGGUGGCUAGAAGACAUCGCAUGUCUCCUUUCCCUCUGACGUCUAUGGACAAAGCCUUCAUUACAGUCCUGGAGAUGACUCCGGUGCUUGGUACAGAAAUCAUCAAUUACCGAGAUGGAAUGGGGCGAGUUCUUGCUCAAGAUGUAUAUGCAAAAGACAACCUACCCCCAUUCCCAGCAUCAGUAAAAGACGGCUAUGCUGUUCGAGCUGCUGAUGGUCCAGGAGAUCGUUUCAUCAUUGGGGAAUCCCAAGCUGGUGAACAGCCAACUCAAACAGUAAUGCCAGGACAAGUGAUGCGGGUUACAACAGGUGCUCCAAUCCCCUGCGGUGCUGAUGCAGUAGUACAAGUUGAAGAUACUGAACUCAUCAGGGAAUCAGAUGAUGGUACUGAAGAACUUGAAGUGCGAAUUCUGGUGCAAGCUCGGCCAGGCCAAGAUAUCCGACCCAUUGGCCAUGACAUUAAAAGAGGAGAGUGCGUUUUGGCCAAAGGAACCCAUAUGGGCCCUUCAGAGAUUGGUCUCCUUGCAACUGUAGGUGUCACAGAAGUUGAAGUUAAUAAGUUUCCAGUGGUUGCCGUCAUGUCAACAGGAAAUGAGCUGCUAAAUCCUGAAGAUGACCUCUUACCAGGAAAGAUUCGAGACAGCAAUCGGUCAACACUUCUAGCAACAAUUCAGGAACAUGGUUACCCUACAAUCAACCUGGGUAUUGUGGGAGACAACCCAGAUGACUUACUCAAUGCCUUGAACGAGGGUAUCAGCCGCGCUGAUGUCAUCAUCACGUCAGGAGGUGUAUCCAUGGGGGAAAAGGACUAUCUCAAGCAGGUGCUGGACAUUGAUCUUCAUGCUCAGAUCCAUUUUGGCAGGGUUUUUAUGAAGCCAGGCUUGCCAACAACAUUUGCAACUUUGGAUAUUGAUGGUGUAAGAAAAAUUAUUUUUGCACUACCAGGGAAUCCUGUAUCAGCUGUGGUCACCUGCAAUCUCUUUGUUGUACCUGCACUAAGAAAGAUGCAGGGUAUCUUGGAUCCUCGGCCAACCAUCAUCAAAGCCAGGUUAUCAUGUGAUGUGAAACUGGAUCCUCGCCCAGAAUACCACCGGUGUAUACUGACUUGGCAUCACCAAGAACCACUGCCCUGGGCCCAGAGUACAGGUAAUCAGAUGAGCAGCCGUCUGAUGAGCAUGCGCAGUGCCAAUGGAUUAUUGAUGCUACCUCCAAAGACAGAGCAGUAUGUGGAACUCCACAAGGGCGAGGUGGUGGAUGUCAUGGUCAUUGGACGGCUAUGAUGGUGACCAAAAGGAGAAAGCUUUGAUGCAUGUCCACAUAUCAUUGACUGUAUCCUGUAAUAUGCAACGGCACAGCUAGUUUUUCUGAUUUGGAUAAAAGUUGAUCUGUAUAGUCAACAUCUUGAAUUAUAUUUCAAAUGAAUUUAAAUACCUUUUAAAGAAAAAAAAACCUAAGAAUAAAUCCUAACAGACAACUCUAUUCUGAUUAUAUCAAAGCAAAAUUUUCCUUUCUUGCAAAUUGCUUUGUGUGUUCAAUGCUAGAUCUGAUAGCUUUUAGUAGACAGCGGUAGGUGCCUGCAGAACUUGUGUUUUUCUCAUCUUUAAAUACAACUACUUAUGCUCUUAAUCAAGGCUGUCUGCUUAUUUAUACUAGUGUAGGCAACACUUGGAUUUCCCUUCUUAGUAUGCUUCAUAACUGCUUUACAGAGAGCUUUUGCUUGUUCUUUAUCAUGUAUCUCGUGUUUAUGUGCACCGUGCCAAAAGAGGAGUGACUGCGUGGAGGCCCUGCCUGCCGCAAGAACAUCCCUGCCGAGCACCCAGGGAAGUUCUCACCCUAGCAGCCUCAUGGCACAGUACUCGCAGGCAGUAACUGGAUACCUUUUAUUUGAACAAACAAACUGGGGGAAAAUGCUUCCUUAAGUGCUGACAGCCUUUUUAACCAACACAUUUAAAAUUGUACAGAACAAAAACAAAAUCAAAGACUGAUCUUGUACAGAUAUUAGUGUUACCAGCAUUCAUGUGGAAAUCAAGAGCAAAAACAAAAUAAUGUUAAACAACUCUGUACCAUAACAUUUUCUGUAAUGAUACUGAAACUUAAUGAAUAAAAAAAAAAUCCUUGAUCAUUAUUUAAAAAAA